AGGUUAGGGUUUGGGCAGUACGGGGUGGGGGAAUCGGUGUGGAAGCGCUUGAAAGAAUCGGUGAGGCCAGGAUUUAGCUGGGCGGCGCCAUGGAUUUCGUAGCCGAGGACACCAAGAAGAGGAAGCUCAACAGCGACGAUAGCAACGGAUACUCGGUCUCUUUGUCCAAGGACGAUCUCAAGAGGCUCCUGGAGCCGCUAAGCAAGGAACAAUUGGUAGCGCUUCUAAUUGACGCAGGUUCUCAAUACCCUGCGGUUGCAGAUGACAUUAGAGAUGUUGCAAGCAAAGAUCCUGCUCAUCGGAAGCUGUUUGUUCGUGGACUGGCAUGGGAGACUACUUCACAGGCUCUGCGUGAUGCUUUUCAACACUAUGGAGAGAUUGAGGAGGGUGCGGUUAUCACAGAUAAAGCAACGGGAAAGUCGAGGGGUUUUGGUUUUAUCACGUUCAAGCAUAUGGACUCUGCACAAAGGGCAUUGAAGGAGCCGAGCAAAACUAUCGAUGGCCGCAUAACUGUAUGUAAUUUAGCAUCCGUUGGCAGCUCGGCCGGGGCAGGCUCAGCAGACCAAGCCCAACGCAAGCUGUACAUAGGUGGAUUGUCAUACGAAACGUCCAACGAGACGCUCCUAAACAUCUUCUCCCAAUACGGCGAGAUCGAGGAGGGAGCCGUCGCGUAUGAUAAAAACACAAACAAAUCUCGGGGAUUCGCUUUCAUCACGUACAAAAGUGUUGAGGCGGCGAGGAAAGCCAUCGAUGAUCCCAACAAGACAAUAGAGGGAAGGCACGUAAUUGUAAAGUUAGCGGCAGAGGGUCAAAAGGAAAAAGCAGUGUCACAGUCCUCGGCACAAAACCAAGGGGGUCCUCAAGUCCAAGCGGGCUACAGCGUCAUCAAUCCAAACUUACCAGCGUUUGCGAGGCCGACAGUGGCUGGAGCUGGAACUCCGGCUCUCGGAUUCUCGCCAUACACUCCGGGGCUGCCGGCGUACACGAGCCAGCCGGCUUACGCGACGUCGAAUCCACAGUAUGGUGGCGUCACGGCCGCGAUGCCGCAGUACAACCCAGCGCAGUACGCCGCGCAGUAUGGCAUCCCAACGCCACAGCCCGGGCAGCUCCCCGCUGGUGGUGGUAAUGGCGCUGGCGGGGUUCCAACGUACUACGCUAGUGCAAGCUAGAAAAGAGCGUUUAAUUCUUAACCCUUAUGCUUAUUUAAACGUUGUACGGUAUCAAUUCAAAAAUUCCAUUGUA